AUUCUCUCCCCUCUGACAAAAUUCUCCUUCUCCUACUGUCUCUCCCUCCACCGCAAUUCCCGAGACAAAAACAACCCAAUCCCAAAUUUCUCUGUCCCCAAAAAAAUCGGAAAAUCCGAGGAGGAAAAAAAAAAGAAAAAGAAAAAAACACAAAAUUUUCUUGAAUGGAAUCAAGAAAAUUGGCAGCUUUACUGUCAGCUCUGAUCUCUGAGCUACUCCUGGCCCUCCUCCUCCUCUUCCCUUCCUCCUCUCCUCUCUCCCUCACCUCCGACGAGUUCACCAGCAGCCUCUUCGCCGUCCUCCUCCCCGUAAUCCGCCAAUUCGCCUCCGUCCAUGAAGCUGCCGCCUCCAUCCCGCCCGCCUCGAGGAAGCGGAAGAGGGCCGCCCAGUUGCACGAACCCGAUCCCGGGGGUCAUGCCAUCCUCGCGGGGGGGAGAGAUUUCCUGGACCCCAAUCGGAGCCUCGACUCGUACAUCAACUCUUUCAACAUGACGGCCUCCACCUUCGAGUGGCUCUCUGGCCUGCUCGACCCCCUGCUCGAUUGCCGGGACCCCGUGGGCUCCCCGCUUAACCUCUCCACGGAGUUCCGGUUAGGAAUCGGGCUCUUCCGGUUGGCCACGGGUAGUAGCUACAGUGACAUUUCCCGCCGGUUCGGGGUCUCCAAGGCCACCUCCCAGUUCUGCGUCAAGCAGCUCUGCCGAGUCCUCUGCACCAAUUUCCGGUUCUGGGUCGCAUUCCCGGGGCCUAAUGAGCUUGAGCCAGUGUCAAGGGGUUUUGAAUCCGUGGGUGGCCUGCCGAACUGCUGUGGCACAAUUGGUUGUGCUCGGUUUGGACUCUUGAUGGGCCGUGGCCGAGUGGAAGAGAACAUUGCCGCUCAAAUAGUUGUCGACUCCUCGAAUCGGAUCUUAAGCAUUAUUGCUGGAUUUCGCGGCAACAAGACUGAAUCCAGAGUUCUUGAGCAGUCGAGUUUGUAUGAAGAUAUUGAAUCGAAGAGAUUAUUGAGUUCUUCUCCAAUCAAUGUCAAUGGGGUCAGUGUGAAUCAAUACUUGGUCGGGGGUGAAGGAUACCCACAGCUUCCUUGGCUAAUGGUGCCUUUCACCCAUCCCGAUCCCGGGUCAGUUCAAGAAAGUUUCAACUCGGCACACCAUUCAAUGCUCUUUCCGGUGCUUCGUGCUAUCUCGAGCCUCAGGAACUGGGGGGUCCUGAGUAAGCCGAUUGAGGAGGAUUUUAGGACUGCAGUGGCUUAUAUAGGGGCAUGCUCGAUCCUUCACAAUGCUCUUCUCAUGAGGGAGGACUAUUCUUCCCUCUCUGAUGGGCUUGGUGAUUACCAGAUUCACAGUCGGGGAUUUCGUGAUUAUUCAGUCUCCGGGGAGGCGGUAGAGACUCGAAAUGCAUUGGCCGGGCUACUGAAGGGGCCCAGUGGUUCAGGUGGCUCUUCCAGUCCCAAUGCUUGAAUUCACUGCUGUCCAGCUGUUGUAGGUAAUGGAGGACUCAUUCUUUCUAGAAGGACAGAUCACACUCUGUUGAUUGGUAGAUUUAGCAGGAAUUGUUCAUUCAUUCGGGAUUUCAUUAUUCAAAAUUUCAAAUUGCGGGUUUAGGACCUUUUUCUUUUCGUUUUCGAACUGUAGUUGAGUUUACAGGUAGAUCGUUUGACCAGUUGAAACAUUUCUUCACGUUGAAUGUAGAGUAAGGCAUUCGUUAAUUGUCAUUUCGAGCUGUAUAUAAGGGUCAAAAUGAAGCCAAGGUGCAAGCUAAUGAAAUGGGGACGGAACAGAAUUGCCGAGUGAAGUUCGACAAUUAUGCAGUAUUCUGCUGGUUAGAUUUGUUCGGGUUCUGGAGUCUGCACUAAUGGAUGAAGUUUUGAUUGUA